AUGGUCCGUGGACUCACUUCAUACCUCAAGCAUCACUCAGACUCGCUGUCGACGCACGUCCAGUUCUCGCGCGACACCAAACACAAGGCCGUGCCCCUUGCUGUUGAUGGAUGGGGUAUGGUGUACGAGCUGUACCUCACAUCCCUUCCAUGGGCAAGCGGUGGUGAAUAUCUCGCAUUCUACAAGCUUCUCCGCCGUCUGAUUGAGUCGUGGCGCAAUGUCGGUCUCGAGCCCAUCUGGGUCUUCGACGGCGCCAAACCCCCAGCGAAGAAGACCGAGUCGACCGACCGCAAGAACGAACAGCUCGAGUGUAUUCGUGAAUUCUAUGACACACCCGAGACCAAGCGCUCGCAGCCUCAGAACGGCCGCACGCCCAGUUGGGGAGGUAGAGCUAUCCUGCCCCCAUUCAUUUGGCACACCACCCUCUCCGCCCUUCAGUCACUGGACGUUGUCGUCAACUGUGUUGCCGACGGUGAAGCUGAGCCGACUUGCGCCGCUAUUGCAGACAAGAAACGGGGAUACAUCUUUGGCCUAGACACCGACCUCAUUAUCCAGUCCUCGAACGCGCCGAAUUGCCUUGGAUUCGCACCGGCAGACCAGUUUACGUGGAUCAAGGGCACAGAGACAGCCAACAGCCUUGUCCCACCCGCCGACAUGGCUUCUCCAACUCUCCAGCUCACCGUCUAUACCGCCCAUGCGCUGGCUCGCCAACUUGCGAUUCCCAGUGCAGCCCUGCCCCUCUUCUCAGCAGUCGUUGGCAACAACUACACGCCUCCCGAGGCCGACAAGGCCAUGUUUCCAUCACACGCUCGCCGUGGCGGACCCUUUGACCCAGCGCCAGGAUCUUUCUCCCGUUGGCGGAUCAAACGCGCUGCCGACGCCAUUGGUAACGAGUUCGCCACCGCUCCUCAAACCGAGGCUGAGCUGCGUGUCGUUGUCCGCAGGGUCGUCGGCAUGCUCACCACCAACAAGUCGGCGCUUCUCGUCAACGGCCUCAUGAGCGCUACACUUCAGGCUUCCAUCAGGCCCAAGAAGCAGUGCUGUGCCGCCUACCCGUUUUGUGGGGGCAUUUGCCCUCGCGCGCCGACCUCGCCCCAGGUGGACUACGCCGAGGCGCAGCGCAACGGUCACCUCCAUUUCCUCACAAACGUCUACCUGCAGCCCAACUUUGUCAACCUGGCUCGCCUGAUGGAGGAUCCCGAGGCUCCAGCUGUCCAUGCAGCCACCGACAGCGUAUCUGCUCGCUUCGCAGCGUACGCAAUCGUCGCCGGUGCCCUUGGUGGCUUGCGCAACCCCAGCCCAGUUGGCACUGUCACCGAGUACCGUCGUCAGGCUGCCGGCGAUGUCUUUGAGGGGCACACGCAGCCGUUGCCCACGGCCAAAGCCUCGCCGGCACUCUCGGUGACUGAGCGCCUUUCAUUCUACCUCUACAUUCUCAACUCUGACACGGUCGCCAUCAGGUCGCUCGAGGAAGACUUCCAACCGCUGGCCGUGGCCAUGCGUCUCGCUAUUUCCUCUACCGCCGAAGAGCCCACUGGCCGGUGGCGCUGGUCGCGCGACGAGGUCCAGGCCGUCGUCCACGCUGCCCUCGCCACCUUUGCCGCCUGGGAGACUGUCGACUUUGAAGACGAUGACGCCGACCUCUACCCAAAGCUCACGGCGCGCAACUCGCACCUCGUGGCCGUCGUCUCGGGCGCACUGGCGAACAGCGAAAUCCUCGCCCAGGCGCUCCUCCUCGACCAGGAGGUCUACCGCCGCCCAGACAAGUUCAUGAGCGGUGCUGCCAUGCAUGCGGCUCUUCUCGGCAAGGCGUUUGCACCAAACGACCAGGUGGAGCAGGUGCUCGAAGCUGUCCUCGAGGACAUGGACGAGAUGCUCAAGGGCGCCGACGAUGACAGGUCGGUCUCGUCUCGCAAGGGCCGGUCGAAGCGCAGGGCUGUUGUCUGA